AUGGUCAAGAUGGUCAAUCUAAAGAAGCGAUCAGCGACGCCUCCCUCAUCGUAUCCUAUCACUCCGCCUUCUACCUGCGGUCCACACAAACGCGUCCGUUUCGGCACGGCAGAGCUCAUCGAUACCAACGGCUUCAGGGACCUGCGGCAUUCCACUAUCUCCAAGGAAGGCGAGUCACCGAGUGGCUUCUUCGAGGACCCCAAGGAAGGUUCCGAUACCGAGCUCUUCGACAUCAACGACUACAAAGAGAGUAGCUCCUUCACAGACAACAUCGCUACAACAUUGUCUCCAGCAUCUACCCCGUCUCCCGUCUCCAUCCUCUCAAAGCACGACCCCUUCUCCUCCCUCGCACUCGCCAUCGACGCCCCCAGCUCCACUCCCACCCCUACCAUCACCGAACCCUUCCGUUUCCUCGACCUCCCCGUCUCCAUCCGCAACAGAGUCUACACCCACCUCCUUGUCAUCCCCGCCCUGAUAUGCGUCCGCCAAAACCACACCUCCUUCUCCGACGAGAGAAAGGCCUUUCUAUAUACCGAAGGCCGUGCCUGCCUCCCUGGCAUCGCCUACGCUCUCCCCCAACUCGUCGUCUCAGGUCCCAAAACUCACUUCUCGCGCUUCCGCCACACCAACAUUGCCAUACUGCGCGUGAACAAGGAAAUCUUUGCCGAAGCUAAAGCAGUUCUGUACGGUAAAAACGACUGGGAGAUUGUGAGACCGACAAAUGAACUCACGCCCCCGCCCGACUAUAGUGUUAGAUUGUUCCCGCAGGGAUGUCAGCGCUUGGUUACACGGCUGAGUAUCAAGAUUCGAUCCUUCUACGAUCUGGAGUGGUUGCUGCUUGGUGGCGGGUGCAUUGACAUCAGGAGGUUCUACCGCGGUCUUGUUUGUCUGACGCUACUUCUUGAACUAGAGGAUGUAGGUAAGGGCUUCGGGAAGAAUUGGGCCUGGAAGUCGGGCGAGAAGUCGGCGGGCUAUGUGCAGCGUCUGCAGGAUGAGAUUGCCAAAGAACUUUUUCGGAAGGUAAAGGACAAGGCCAAGGAUACCAAGAUUGUGCCGGCUUGGAUGAAUCUGAGGAUACUGUUUGACGGUGAGAGCUAUACUGCACGGGUGGUUGGUCACGAGGUCAAAGCGGCGGAGCAGGUAAAGCGAGAGGAGCUGACGCAGGGGAUGAUGGAGUCUUGGGAGCUGUUCAGGAAAGGUGGGAAGUAA